GCUCCGGCCCGGGGCCGACCGGAGUCGCCGCGGGGUCCCUGCGCCGCGGUCGAGCUCAGACGUCGCCACAGCCGGGAGAGACGCCGCCCGCCCCGUCCAGCCGCCGCGCGCAGGGACUUCUUUGAACUUGUAGCUGCCUCAGAGGGAGAGAGAGCCUGCUUUGCUGGAUGGGCUGACCAAUGCCUGUUCCUUCGACCCACAGUCAUUUACUGAGUGUCUACUAUAUGCUCGGCCUCUUCUGGGUGCUGGGAGACAGCAGUCCACACAAGGUUACUGCCCUCCUGGAAUGUCCAUUUCAGACAGACAGACAGAUGGGAACAAGAUACAAGGCACCAUACAGUCAGCUUUGAACUGUGAGCUCCCACCAGGACCAAGCCAAGCCAGAGCCCCUUCCCUGCCCCCUUCAAAUUCCUCACUCCAUCCGUAAUCCUCCUCCAUAAUAGCCUUUACUCACCUCCUUCCUGUUUCUUAAACACCCUCCCCACAUUUCCCGGACUAAGGGCACCUACUUUUCCAUAAUCUUGUUUGUUUCCUUAUUUCUUACCGGGGUCCUAGGGAACACCAGCACUCAACUGACCCUGCCUAGUGUUUUCAACCCUCCCUAACUGUAGUCUGUCCUAGCUCAACACUAUCGCACAUAUUUCAUGCCUCUUCUAGAACAUUCCACCCCCCAUCCCUUCAACGUGGCCACGCAUAUUUUCUAUAUCCUCUACCAAUAUCUCCCUCUUACCACUGCCCAAUGAGGCCUCCAUCCCUUCCAUAAACACCCCCCUUGGCCAAUUCUUGGGCUACUCCUCAACUCCCUCCUUUCCACUCUGAUUGGGUCUGUAAACACCCCCUUGACAAAGCUCUCUUUUUUUUUUAAUCCCCUCUCCCACCCCAAGCCUCCCUCCGAUCAUAAUUCUACCCUUCCCCUGACUUUUCCCUCUCAAGCUCUCUCCUUCCCUGCCCAGGCCCGUCCACGAUUCACGGUCACCCUUAUCUUUCCCCCGUGGACUGCCACUCACCAUGUUCCCCUGAGCCUCCAAGGAGGGGGCUCAGGGGGCCUGAUGGCCUCCCGCCCCCCGUGGCCCCACAGCCCCCGUGGGCCGGGGGAAGAGCCUCGGGAGCCCCAGCGCCGAGGAUGGGCAACCGCACGUGGGACGGCUGCCACGUGGACUCGCGCGUGGACCACCUCUUCCCGCCAUCCCUCUAUAUCUUUGUCAUUGGCGUGGGGCUGCCCACCAACUGCCUGGCCCUGUGGGCGGCCUACCGCCAGGUCCGGCAACGCAACGAGCUGGGCGUAUACCUGAUGAACCUCAGCAUCGCCGACCUGCUGUACAUCUGCACGCUGCCGCUGUGGGUCGACUACUUCCUGCACCACGACAACUGGAUCCACGGCCCGGGCUCCUGCAAGCUCUUCGGCUUCAUCUUCUACACCAACAUCUACAUCAGCAUCGCCUUCCUGUGCUGCAUCUCGGUAGACCGCUACCUGGCGGUGGCCCAUCCACUGCGCUUUGCGCGCCUGCGCCGGGUCAAGACGGCAGUGGCCGUGAGCUCCGUGGUCUGGGCCACGGAGCUGGGGGCCAACUCAGCGCCCUUGUUCCACGACGAGCUCUUCCGCGACCGCUACAACCACACCUUCUGCUUCGAGAAGUUCCCCAUGGAGGGCUGGGUGGCCUGGAUGAACCUCUACCGGGUUUUCGUGGGCUUCCUCUUCCCGUGGGCCCUCAUGCUGCUGUCGUACCGCGGCAUCCUGCGGGCCGUGAGGGGCAGUGUGUCCACCGAGCGCCAGGAGAAGGCCAAGAUCAAGCGGCUGGCCCUGAGCCUCAUCGCCAUCGUGCUGGUCUGCUUCGCGCCCUACCACGUGCUCCUGCUCUCCCGCAGCGCCGUCUACCUGGGCCGCCCUUGGGACUGUGGCUUCGAGGAGCGUGUCUUCUCAGCCUACCACAGCUCGCUGGCCUUCACCAGCCUCAACUGCGUGGCUGACCCCAUCCUUUACUGCCUCGUCAAUGAGGGGGCCCGCAGCGACGUGGCCAAGGCCUUGCACAACCUGCUCCGCUUCCUGGCCAGUGACAAGCCCCAGGAGAUGGCCAACGCCUCGCUCACCCUGGAGACCCCGCUCACUUCCAAGAGGAACAGCAUGGCCAAGGCCUUGGCAGCUGGCUGGGCGGCGGCUCCACCCUCCCAGGGGGACCAGGUGCAGCUGAAGAUGCUGCCACCCACCCAGUGAACCCCCAAUUUGUGCAGAAACCUGUCACUCCCCCAGUCUUAGCUCCCUUCCCUUUGGGUCUACUGUAUGCAAAUUGUAUGUAAAUGGGGCUGUGCUCAUAUUCAUAAGAGUAGAAGAAAAGAGGAAAACAGUGAGGUUGGUGGGUCACUGGCCAAUCAUCAGCCGCUACCAUGGCCCCCUAACAACUUGGUUGAACAAUUCAGGGGCACUGUGCUGGGUGGUGCUAGUGACACAGUGCUGACAAAUGACAAUCCUGGCCCUCUAUCACGUGCUCUCACUCCCAUGGGGGAGACAGACCUGCCCCCAGAAAGGGAUGACCCAGAGGUUCAGACAGGGGCACCCAGAGGGCCUCUGACCCAGUCUGAGGGUCAGGGAAAGCUUCCUGGAGGAGGAGACAAGUAAAUUAAAUCAAACAUUUGGUUUCCAGAGGUAACGACAAGAAGAGCGGGGCGGGGUGGGGGGGCGGUGGGGCGGUGGAGGAUGAUUUCCAAUAAGGAGAUAAAAUUUGGGGACUGAAGGAGAAGAUGGGAGAAAAAAAUUCACCGAAGGGUAGCAUGGUCAUUUUUGCCCAUGGGAAGCCCCUGGUCUUCUAAGGAAGGGAGGACAUGAAGGGCACGUGUGAGUUUCUGGACAAACAGCAUUUUCCAAGUCAGGACCUGGGAGGAGGGAGACUCAGAACCCAAGCGACGGACAAUUGGGGCAGACUAGUUGGAGAGCUGACUAGGCAGGCCGGGGCAGGGGUUCAGGGCAGGCCGGGGCAGGGGUUCAGGACAGGAGAAGGGUAUUUAUUCAUUCAUUCAACAGAAAUUUAUUUAUAUCCACUCUAGACCCAGCCCUGUGCUGGCUGGGGCUGGGGAACGUGAGGGUGACCAAGACAGCCUAGGCCCCCACCCUCAUGGGGCUUGCGGUAAACAAGUAAAUAAAAAUAAAUAUAAUGUUUGGAAUUAAUAAGUGUGCUGGGGGGGAAAUAAACGCGAUGCGGGGACGGGGGAGGCAGCCCUUGGCAUAGACUCAGAUCUAGAGGAGGUGGUUAGGGGAGGGCUCACCGGAAGGUGAAGGUGAGCAGGUGCAGGGUGGCCCUGGGCCUGUCAGGGGGAAGAGGACUUCGGGCAGAGGGAACAGUCAGUGCAAAGCCUCUGGAGUGAGAGAGUGCCUGAGUUUUGAAGGAGAGCAAGUGGAGCAGGGCAGCUGGAGCAGAGGGAGGCCGGAGGGUGAAAGGAAUGGUUGAUGAUUGAUGGGACUGGCAAGGGACCAGCUGAUCUUUUUGGAUCUUUUGAUCGGGGCUUUGUAGGUCCUGGUGAGGACUUUGCCUUUUACUCUGAAAUAAAGGAGAGCCACAAGAGGGCUCUUCGCGGAGGAGGGAUGGGAUUUGACUUAAAUGUUAACAGGAUCCUCUGGCUGCUGAGUGGGAGACAGAAUAUGGGAAGGGAGCUGCCAGGAGGCCAGCGGCAGGUGGCUGCUGUAGUCCAGGAGGCAGCUGAGCAGGAUGGUGGUGGGGUGAGCAAGGAACAGUGGUCAGCUCUGGGAUUUCUUUUAGAGGCAUACUUCACAAUGAUGAAAGAAGCACAGGGCCUUUUGGGAUUAUAUAACACAAGCCCCUUGCCCAUCUUCAGAAAAAGGGUGACCAGGGGCCCUGAACUGGAAGGACCUCUCGGAAUGAUCCCGGGCCCUGUUCCAAGGCGGUCACCGGAGAGACCAAAUGACUAGGCCAGGGUCACAAAGCUAGUGAGUCAGCGCUGGAGUUAUCCUGGGCUCUCUCUCCCCUCUCCAUCUCUGCCUCUGUUCCCAUGCCCCAGGGUGGCCAAGGCUGCCCGCCUUGGCUGAUGGGGUCACCCUCCCUCUCCUGGCCCUCGGGGAUCACCAGGAAUGGGCAUCCUUCCAUAACCAGGCUGGAGAGCAGGAGCAAGCACCCGGCUCUGGAUAGGCCUUGGCCUUUCUGCUAGGUCACCUCCCGCCCUUCCUCCCAAUGGAUGUAUAAUAGGCUCCAGGCUCCUGAUGAGAUGUGAAGAUCCUCCUACACAUACACACCCCCCCUUAUCCCAGAAGUUCCCAGAAGAGGUUCCUGGAAACCCUUCUCCGAGAAAGGAAGAGAAGGGAGGAGGGGAGGGGAAAAAAAAAUGAACUUAAUGAGGAAAAUGGUUUUACAGGAAGGGAGGGGGGAAUCACUGAGAUGCAGGAAGAUGGGGCUUUGGUACUGAGUGCGGAGAGAAAAGAGGGAAGCCUGGGAUCUAUGGGGCCCAGUAAUUUUUCCACCUUAAAGCCAUAAAGCUACUGGGAUGGAGAUGUAAGGGGCCAGAAUUUUUUGGAACACAGUGCCCUGGGAGAAUCAGAUGAAAGCCUGCACUCCACUCCUCCAUGAAAUGCUCAUUCCUAUUCAUUCAAUAAAUAUUUAUUGAGCA